AUGGCAUCCCGAAGACUCCUGGAGGUAAGUAGAGGUUAUUUAUACCCCGCCCUCCCCAGCCAAGACUGGGCUCAGGGUGGCUAACAACCAAUAAUAAAAACAAGUUGAUUAAAAUACAAUUUAAAAGAUUAAGAUACAACAUUAAAACAUUAGGAUGCAGCCUCUCCACAGGAGGGAAAAGGAAAUAGAAAGAGGGGGAGGGAAUCAAACUGAUUCUAAGCCAAAGGCCAGGCGGAACAACUCUAGCUUUAACUAUAUGGACAUUGGUCAACAAGGUGAUGUCUCUGCUUUUUAAGAUGCUCCAAAAUCUAUAGCAGAAUCAAAAUCAAAAUGACUCAGUGAAUUAUAUCCACAUUUUGUUUUCUUUAAUUCAUCUAGCCCUUCUUCAGUUGAUCCUGUUUCCCCUUUUAAAAGACCAAACCAUUUUAUAUGGCGUUGGAACUGUUCUACCAGAUUCCUGACUAUUUUAAAAAUCAACAGAUGCCAGAGUGCCAAAAACUUUUUGAUUUCUCAUUUGAAGAAAGCUAUUUGCCAAACUUUACAGAACCAAUAUUCUAGAUUCGUGAGCUUUAAUUGUUAUUAUUUUUUUGAAUGGGGUCAAUUUUCAACAUAUUAGUACAUUUUAAAAGACCAGAAAAAUCGUAAUUUAAAAGCUCUCUUAUCAGUGGAUCAAUAAAUCCUAGGUAAUUUAAAAAACCAAACCAAACCAGAAAUUAACCUACGAUGCAAUCCUUUGGUGUCUGCUUACAUCCCAGUAACCCAUAGGAUUUUUCACAUCUUCUAGAGAUGUGCAGUGACCCAAAUAUUCACCUUGCAUUGUAGCAUCUGAAUGAAGCCUAAUCUGUUUUGGAUCCGCUCUGUCAUUCCAGUUUGAGUCAUCAUUUGGGUUAAAUCUGCAAAGAGGACUGUUCAAAUAUUAUUUCAGGAAGCCUUGAUAGAGUUGGUUUGGUUAACUCAUGAUGCAGUGGCUUGGUUUGUAGCUCCUAAGAAAGGCAGUCCAGAUGUUUUGGGACCACAACUCCCAUCAGUCAGGGAGGAUGGGAGUUGUAGUUCAGCAACAUCUGGAAGACAGCACAUUGACCACCCCUGCCCAACACUGGCACAUGGGCACCUUAGUCCUUUUUGGGUUGGAAGAAAUGGGGAGUGCCAAGAGGUAUUCUGAAACACAGGGCUAAAGGUUGCCCACCCAUGGCCCACAACUCUGUCAGGGAGGAAAUGGUUGGCUUUGUCGCAUGAUCUCCUGGUUGGUUUCAAAUGUAUUUUUUGUAUGUUGUGGUGGUGGGUGUGGGGCCCAAUGCUUGACCACAUAACACCGGUCUUGAAAGACCUGCAUUGGCUCCCAGUACGUUUCCGAGCACAAUUCAAAGUGUUGGUGUUGACCUUUAAAGCCCUAAACGGCCUCGCUCCAGUAUAUCCGAAGGAGCGUCUCCACUCCCAUCAUUCUACCCAGACACUGAGGUCCAGCGCCGAGGGCCUUCUGGAAGUUCCCUCAUUGCGAGAAGCCAAGUUACAGGGAACCAGGCCGAGGGCCUUCUCGGUGGUGGCGCCCGCCCUGUGGAACGCCCUCCCACCAGAUGUCAAAGAGAACAACAACUACCAGACUUUUAGAAGACAUCUGAAGGCAGCCCUGUUUAGGGAAACUUUUAAUGUUUGAUGCUUUACUGAAUUUUAAUAUUUUGUUGAAAGCCGCCCAGAGUGGCUGAGGAAGCCCAGCCAGAUGGGCGGGGUAUAAAUAAUAAAUUGUUGUUGUUGUUGUUGUUGUUGUUGUUAUUGAGAAACACAACUUCGAAGUCCCCCAGGAGCCUUGCUGGAUCAGGCCCAUGGCUUUUCUCCAGCCAGAACUCAGUUCCAGCACCUCUGAGGUGGGCACCAUUGCCAUUACAGUGGUACCUCUGGUUACAUACUUAAUUCGUUCCGGAGGUCUGUUCUUAACCUGAAACUGUUCUUAACCUGAGACACCACUUUAGCUAGUGGGGCCUCCCGCUGUUGCCGCGCCGCUGCUGCACGAUUUCUGUUCUCAUCCUGAAGCAAAGUUCUUAACCUGAGAUACUAUUUAUGAGUGAGUGGAGUCUGUAACCUGAAGCGUAUGUAACCUGAAGCGUAUGUAACCUGAGGUAAUAAUAAUAAUAAUAAUGAUAAUAAUAAUUUUUUAUUUAUACCCCGCCCUCCCCAGCCAAGGCCUAGCUCAGAGCGGCUUACAAGUAAUAAUAAAAACAAGAUGAAUGAUUACAACUUAAAAACAAAAAUAAAAUACAACAUUAAAAUAAUGGAACAUUAAAAUAUUAAAAUGUAGCCUCAUCGCAGGAGGAGAAGGAAAAGAAAAAAGAAAGAGAGGGAGGGAAUCAAAUUGACUCCAAGCCAAAGGCCAGGCGGAACAACUCUGUCUUACAGGCCCUGCGGAAAGAAAUCAGAUCCCGCAAGGCCCUGGUCUCAUGAGACAGAGCGUUCCACCAGGCCGGAGCCACUGUUGAGAAGGCCCUGGCUCUGGUUGAGGCUAAUCUAACUUCCUUAGGGCCCGGGACCUCUAGGGUGUUGCUAUUUGUGGACCUUAAGGUCCUCUGUGGGGCAUACCGGGAGAGGCGGUCCCGUAGGUACGAGGGUCCUAGGCCGUGGAGGGCUUUAAAGGUCAAAAGCAGCACCUUAAAUCUGACCCUGUACUCCACCCGGAGCCAGUGCAGCUGGAAAAGCACUGGGUGAAUAUGCUCCCAUGGCAGAGACCCCGUGAGGAGCCUCGCUGCAGCAUUCUGCACCCGCUGGAGUUUCUGGGACAGCUUCAAGGGCAGCCCCGCGUAGAGCGAAUUACAGUAGUCAAGCCUGGGGGUGACCGUCUCAUGGAUCACUGUGGCCAGGUCGGGGCGGGAAAGGUAAGGGACCAACUGCUUGAUGGGUCUGAUCCAUUCUUCACAUUCUGACGUUCCUGUUUCUCUUUUCUCAUGGACAGGGAAUUGAUUUUGAUGAAGAUCAAAUAUCGGAAAUCAGCCUGGAAGAUGGGGAGGAUCUUCCUCCAAGGUAAUCCUGUGCUAAUCCCCUCCCCCAUAAUCAAUUGCUUUUUAAAAAACCCCCGGUAAGAGUAAGGUUCAAAGUACUGAUGGAGCCUAGAGAAAGGGGCGGGUUCGCAGUCCCAAACCUCAAGCUGUAUUUUGAGGCUGCAUGCAUGACAUGGCUGAAAGAUUGGAUGUUACUGACAGAUACUGAAAUCUUAGACCUGGAGGGCUGGGACAAACUUUUCGGGUGGCAUGGCUACCUGGGUCACGAUAAAAUAAAAGCACAUAGAGGAUUCACUAAUCAUUUGGUGAGAAAGGCCCUAUUCGAAGUUUGGGAAAGAAAUAAAACAAUAGUAACAACCAAAACUCCCUGGUGGCUAUCACCUAUAGAGUCAUCAGCCUUGCAUAGAAGCAAUAUGAAAGAUAGCUGGCUAACAUAUAGGGAACUCGUAGAAGAGAAAGAAGAUUGCCCAACAGUAAAGAAAUUUGAAGAAUUAAAAGAGAGGGGGGUGAAUUGGUUAGAAUAUUUCCAAUUAAAAAUAAUAUUUGAGAAGGAUAGUAAGCUUAAGGGGUUUGAUAAAAAAAUCUCGGUAUGGGAGAAAGAAAUUUUAUAUAACAACCAACAGACUCUCUCAAAAAUAUAUAAACUGUUACAAAAUGGGAAAAUAGAAAAGGAGGAAAAAGGAGACACUAUUAAAAAAUGGGAACAAGAUCUGGGCCACCCAACUGAAUAUAAUGAAUGGGAAAGACUAUGGACAAAAAUUAUAAAUUUUACAGCAUGUUACCUAAUAAGAGAGAACUAUAUGAAAAUGCAUCACAGGUGGUACCUGGCACCAGAAAGGCUUGCAAAAAUGAAUAAAACAUAAUAUGAAUGAACGAACUUUAUUAUGGUCACAGACCAGGAUAAAACAACAACAACAUAUAAAUAAAAUAGCAGUUAGGAUUUUUUUUAACUGAUAAAUGUUGGAGCAGAUAAGAACAAGGAAACAAGCAUAGGAUAAAACAUCUGAAUAAAAUACAAGAUUAAACACGGAUAAUGGAUGGAUAAAAACUGAUAAUUAAAACAGAUAAGAACUAAAAACAAAUAAAAACAUGCAGUUAAAACAACUGUAAGAGCGUAAGAACUAAAAGACUCGCAGUUAAAACAACUAUAAGAGGCUGCAGAGUAGAAGCCUCUGAAAUAGAGGACACUCACAACAUUAGAAACUGAUGUGCAAAUAUGGCUAAAACAGACAAUUAAAACAAUGUACAACAAUAAAUUUAGAAUCAAUGUGCAACAAUAAACUAUCCCAGGGAGUUGACUCAGAGUCACCCAUGGAACCGAGUUUGGGGAUUUUCAUGCCGGACUAUUUUGAGUUGGGCGAUGGUCUGCGCCUACAGAUCUGUACACAGAAUCUGGCGACCAUCCAGGUCAUCUUCUGAUCUUUGCCUAACAGCAAAAGGUCAAAUUUUUGCUUUUGCGGGAGGUCGGAGAGCCUCACCAGUAGGGGAUCCAUGAUCUUACUACGUGCCUCUUCAUAAAAGGGACAUCUAAAGAACAAGUGUUCUGGGCUUCCUAUCUCUCCCAAUGGACAGGUGCAAAGUCUCUGAGCGUAGGGGACUUUUCUAAAGGCUCCAUCCAGGACCGGCGAGGGAAGAGCCGCGCUUCUGGCGAGUGUAAAGGCCCUUCUUGCAUUUCUAGAUACGAGAAAGAAGAGAUAUGCUGCUGGUGCGGCUAUAUCUCUCUCGAUUUCUCCAAUUCUAUAGUCGGGGCACCUUGCACAGUCCAGCUGUCUCUCGGUGUCUAAUAUUCUUUGCCUGACCGUAGCUUUUGCCUGGCCCAAGCCCAGACUUAGAAGGGCUUGAGGGGCAAAACCCAGUUUCCAGAGGGUGUUCAGAACUGCAGUCUGCCAGCCUGACUGGAAUUGGUCGCAAAGGAUCAGUGGGGCUAUCCCUCGGGGGAGCAGAUUCAAUGUCAGCCAUUUGUAGAUUGAUCUUAAGCAGAUGCUAGCCUCCACUCUCAUCAUCCCCAUUUCCAAUCUCACCCAUGCGUUUGAGACACAUCUGGGGACUUGGAGGAGAGCUCUAAGAAGUCUAGAUCAAACUCUCUCAAGGGGGGAGAAAGCAGAGGAAGGCGGACCCAAAAAGAAACCAUGCAGGAGUUGUGCCAAAGUUUUGGCCUUGUAUAAUUUUAGAGUUGCGGGGACGAAGAAGCCCCCUUGUGCUCUGAAGAAUUUAAGAAUACAAUUUGCGUUUUUCCCCGCUGAACUCCCAAUGGAGUUUAUGUGUAGUUUGUUGGUUCCUGAGGCCUGUACCACCAUUCCUAGAUACUUGUAGUUUGUGACUUGUUCUAAUUUAUGGCCUUCUAAGCUUUGGUUUUUCCCCAAAAGCGAGUAUCUUGGUCUUUUGAUAGUUGAUUUUGAGACAUUCAGAUUCACAGUAUGCUGAGAGCUUUCUUAGUGUUCUUUUGAGUCCAAUAGGGGUUCUAGAUAGAAUUACCGCAUCAUCGGCAUAUAGCAGGACCGAAAUAUGCCGAUUUGCAAGCUUUGGUGGGUGGAGUUCUGAGUCAUUGAGUGCAGAUGCUAAGUUAUUUAGAUAGAAAUUAAAUAGUAGAGGGGCCAAUAGGCACCGUUGCCUGACUCCUUUGAAGGUUUUAAUAGGGUCCGUUAGGUGUCCUAGGCGGCUGCACCUGACUCUAAGAGCCGUGUUUGCGUGCAGUGCCUGGAUUAAGAGCAGGAGCCUUCUAUCUAUAUUCGUACCCUGUAGUCUAUCCCAGAGUCUGGUUCUGGAGACUGUAUCAAAGGCUGCUUUUAGGUCAACGAAGGCAGCGUAUAGUGAGGCCUGUCCUUCUGAGUUGUAUUUGUCGAUGAGAUGUUGUAGCAUUAGGCAGUGAUCUGUUGUGGACCUUCCGGGUCUGAAGCCCGCUUGUUCUGUUGCCAGGAUAUCUUCGUUCUCUAGCCAUUCUGUAAACUUAUUAAGGAGGUGCUUUGCGUAGAGUUUACUGAUCAAACUUAAUAAGCUAAUCGGCCUAUAAUUUGCUGGGUCCCCUCUGUUGCCCUUUUUAUAGAUAGGAACUAUUAUGGCUGUUCCCCAUUCCCUUGGGAUGCGGCCAGUGUCAUCUAUAUAGGUGAAGAGGGUGGCUAAGAAAGGUGCCCACCAAUCCGCCUGUGCUUUUAUCAUUUCUGGCGUAAUGCCGUCUGAGCAUGGGGCUUUGGCCAUUUUCAGUUGGUUUAUAUAUGAUUUCACUUCAGUUACUGAAACAGGCGGCCAUUUAGCCAGUUGUUCUAUAUUAUAAUUCCGUAGUGGAGGUUCAGCAUCCUCAUACAAAGAUUGGAAGAAUGAGACCCACAGGCUAGGGGGAAUUUGUGAGGUUAAGGGGGAAAUAGCUUUAUGGGUGCCAGAAGCUAACAGUUUCCAGAAUAGUGUCUGAUGUUUUGCUUUUGCCGCACUAAUUAAUUCUAGCCAACAUUUUCUGUUAUAGGCAUUCUUUUGGUGGAGUAUUAGGUCUUUAUACUCCUUUUUUAGGGCAGCAAGAUAGCCUUGAUGUCUGACAGAAUUUUCGGCUGUCAGGGCAGCUUUGUAAGCAUUUUGCAGGGCUUUCUUUGCCUCAAAGCAGGUGUAAUCAAACCAGGGCUUAUUUGAUGUUCUUGGUUUAGUUGGCCUUUUCUCUGUGGUAUUAAAAAGAUAGGGUUUUAAUUGUUGGAGCAGGCUCUCAUACUUGGAAACUGGGUCCUCAGGCCUAGGAUUACUCCGAAAGCCAGUUAAAAUUGUACGGAGUUUUUCAGAGGUUAGAAUCUUCUUCAAUUUGGAGUCAAGUGCAGGGGUUCAUUUGACUCGGCACCGCUCUAAUGCGGUGAUCUCCGCAGGGUAUACUGUUCUCAGGAAGGGUGACUCGUUUAACUGAGACACCUGGAGGUGCAAAGGGAAAUGGUCCCCCUCUAUGAAUGGGAGCACUUUUAAAUUCACUAUUUUUGUUAGCAAUUCGCUGUCCGCCAACAUAUAAUCAAUUGUGCUGGAUCUUACCCCAGACAUGAAUGUAUAUUCCCCGGGAAUGUUGCCCCUGGUGCAACCAUUUAGGAUAUGAAGACUUAGCUGCCUAGAGAAUUUGAGGAGGCAGGCUCCAGCAAAAUUUGAAUGUUGAUCCUUUGACUGCCUUGGUAGUUGUAAGGCCUCCGGGCCAAAGUCGUCAGGGUACCCUAUUUUUUGCCUGUAUUUGGUUUCUAAACUGGGGUCAUCAGGACCUAAUCUUGCGUUUAGGUCGCCUACCAGCAGGACCUUUGCUCCUGGAUAGUCUGUUAGCAGUAACCUGACAUAAGAGUCCAGUCUAUUCCAGAUGCCCUCAAUAUCGGUUUUUUUUGCUUGUUGGGGGGAUAUAAGCAUUGAUAAUUAGUAAACUGCAGUUUCCCCAGGAUAUGGAGUAGGGCCAUUGCUAGGUGGUCUAGGGGGUACAAUUCCUUACAGGUGGCGUUUAGGCAGAGUGAGAUUAGGAUGCAUAAUCCCCCCUUGAGCCUCCCUGGUCCUCUGCCUGCAACCGCUCUCACUGCAUAUGUAUAGUAUCCUUCCAGUGAUGGGUUUUCAGCCGCCCACGUCUCCUGGAGAGCGAUGAUAUUAAAGUUUUGAUGGUAGAAGGGAAUGCCUGUAGAAUGGGAGAGGCAUCUGGACCAGCCGGCAACAUUCCAGGAGAUGAUGUUUAGGGCAGCAGUUGAUUCUUGGGUUUUUAGAUUCCAGGCUCUCAUAGCUGUUUUCUGCCGCUGAUUCCUCAGGUCCUUUGAGUUUGGCUUGAUUGAGCCGCGAUGCGGAGGAAUGGGGGAGCCUUUUGAGGGGAAGACUAAUUUGGGGGUAUUAAUUUGUCCAUCCAGGCAGUCACCCGCUAAGACCUUAUUUCAUUCCUCUGCAUGAAUAGCUUCUAGGAUUCUAAGGCAAUCCAUGAAGAUUGAGCCAAUUCCCGGCGCUGGCACCACUAGUUCAACUUGUUGCGAUUUGGAUUGGGCUAUUGGAGAGGGUGUAGGAGAGCCCGUUUCUUCUGGAGACAGAUAUCGACAAGAUGUCCAUUCCUCGUUGGUUAAAGGCUUUGAUUUGCAAUUGAUGUAAUUAAAUUCCAUGGGGGGAGGCAGCGCUAGAGGUGGAAGGGACUUCCUUAUGGUCGAAAGUCUUUCAGUUAGUGCAUCCUGGGAAAGUAGGAUCUGCUCGAGGUAGGUUGUUAGGAGUUGUUCAUCCUUUGAGGAGAAAUCCUUUCCUAGCUUAUUUGGUGAGGGCGGGGUUUUGUACAGCCUGCCAGAUUGUUUAAGAUUGCCAGCCUCUGGGUAGAGUGGCUUACCGUUUCCGGCACUGUUGGAUUCUGCAGUGCUGGUUUUGGGUCUGGCUGGCCUAUGUGCUCCUAGAAGUGGUAACGGGUCUUUGAUGUUUUCGAAGAAACGGUGCACAAGCAAGGCAGCCCUCAGGAAAUUGUCUUUAUUUGAAAGGGUCUGCUUAGUUGAGAGCCCGUCCUUAAAAGUCACUAUAGCCCUAUUUUGGGCCAUAUCAUAAGGGAGGAAUUUUACCUUGAUGAUAUUUUCUGCUGUCACGAGACCCCUGGUGACUAUUCCGAUUUUUUCGGGAAUAUUUUCUUUUCUUUGAGCAUAUUAUGGGUGUCCUCUAUUUGUGGGAAGUAUUGUGAAGGCAAGUUUGUGUUUGUUUAGCGUUAGCUUCCAACAAGUCUGUGUUGUUUUAUCUUGACCCUUUCUUGUUAUGUUAGGGUACACGGGAUUUCUUUGCGAUGUCAAGAGAAGGGUUGGUUGCAUGGGAGCUGGAAUUUCCUUUGGUUUUCCUAUUUCCCCACUAGAGGGUGGUGUGUGAUCUGCUGGGGCGUGGGGCUUUUCCUCAGAGUGCUUUAUUGGCAUGCAUGAGUUUGUGAUUUUCUUUUGGGUUGUAGGAGCAGAGUUCUUUGUUGUUAUAUUCUCCAGCAGCUUAAAGAGCUUCUGGAAAUUCAUUUUUUUAGUCGGGCAGGUCGGCAUUCCCUUUUGGCCUCUCAAUUUGAUGUUUUUGGUCUUCUUCAUUUUUUGUGUUGAGCAUUUUCUCUUUAAGGUCGGUUUCUUGGGAGCAAGGGACCCUCCGUCCUGCACUGAAUUGUUUCUGGGUUUUUUUUGUUGUUGUUUUUUUGUAAUCGAGUCCCGGCUUGGUUUCACCUCCAUUAGUCCUAGUCCGAGAUGUCAUGUGAGAGAAAGUGACCUCAUGGUUCUUAAUCAGUUCAGUUAGGGUGGUAAGCAGGUUCAAGCUUUCCGAAAGGAAAAUUUUAAUUGGCUCAAGUUCUUUGCUUAUCUGUGUGAAAUGAGUUUUGAGUAACUCUUUGAACAUCCCUGACAAGUAGAAGAUACAGUUGUUCGGGUACUGUAACCUUAAGCUGUUUGGCCAUUUGUCUGUCUCAGUCGGCUCAGUCGGGGAAGGGCACCUUAAAUUCUCUCCUGACAGGGAGGGGAAAGGAGGCUCGUUUGACAUGGCUUCUAGGUUUUCCAGGAAUAGCUCCUGUUCUAAACUUGCUUCAGGUCCCUCUUUGGCUAGCUCAGCUUAUUUUAGUUCUGUUGCCAGGUCCACUCCCUCGCCUCCAAUGUUAGUUUUUUCCUCCCUUCUAAUCCAGGUGUGGUCAAUAGACCACUCAUGAGAAUGGAGGUUUCCUGGAUUAUUUGCUUCAUCAGCCUUGGGAUGGAAGUAGGUUGAAAUUUUGGCCUGUUUUUUUCUUUGGGGGAGUUGUUACAGGUUGUAAAGGUGAAAUCCCCAGUUCUUUGCAACAUUGUCUUGUAAGUACCAUCUUCGUACUCAGAAAUAAAUGGGGCUAUUUUAUCCAACCCACAACUUUAUGGGCUUUUCAAGGUACGUGGUUCAAAGUUGAUUUAAGUAGCUUUGGAAGGGAGGGGAGGUUUAAAAGUCCACCCAACAGCUCCCAGAGUCUUUUACUGAUAAAAGUUGGCAGAUAUUUUCAUAGGUUGAGCCUUUUUAUCAGGGUAAUUUGGUCAUUAGAGCUCCUACUCACGCAGCAGAGACUCAGUUGAGACUUGACCUGGCGCCAUCUUCCCCGGAAGCUCAUAUAAUAAUAAGUGCUGGAGAUGCAAGAUACAAAAAGGAACCUUCUACCAUAUGUGGAGGACAUGCCCCGAAAUUGGGAAAUUUUGGAGCAUGAUCCAUGAAGAAAUAAAGAAAAUAUUAAGAAUAUCAUAUAGUAAAAGGCCAGAGGCAUUCCUUUUAGAAAUUUUAAAUGACUAUAUUCCAAAAGACAAAACUAAAUUUUUCUUAUAGGCAAUGUCUGCAGCAAGAAUCCUGGUGGCUAAGUACUGGAAAGGGAAUCAGUUACCCACAAGGGGAGAGUGGCUAUGUAAGCUUUCAGAAUACUUAGAAUUAGUCAAAUUGACAGACAUAAUAAGACAAAAACCAAAAAGUGAAGUAAAAAAAAGAAUGGGAGUGCCUAAAUGAAUACCUCAAAAGUCAAGGUUCGAGGACAGAAAUCUGGCUGAGUCUGGAAUAACCUUGUGAAGUGAAAGGAUAUGAAAGAGGGAUUUAUAUCUAGAUGUUAGGAUAGAGGUGAUAAAGAAAACAGGAAAACAGGAAGACACAAUGAGAGAUAAAGGAGGUGCUGUGGGAUUGGUGGAAGUCAGUGUCUUGUUGUUGUUGUUGUUUUAGUGUUUAUAAUAGUUGCUAAGUACAGAAGUUCUCACCCUGGGCCAGCAGGGGGAUACUGUAGAUAGUUAUGAAAUGAAGGAUCGAAAAGUGACGUUCAGUGAUUGGAUAGUUUGUAUGCAAAUGAAGGAUCGAAAAGUGUCAUUCAGUGAUUGGAUAGUUUUAGAAAAUGGCAACAGUUACAUUGUUCUGGAGCUCUAUAUAAGCAGGCUGACUGAGCUCCUCAGUUAGUUCUGUUCCAGCUUACAACAAAGAGCUGCUUUGGAAGAAUCGCUGUGUCGUCUGAUAUGUUUGCCCACAACUUAACAAUAGUAACUUGUAAGAUAUGGAUUAGGUUUUUUAUUAUUUUUUUAAUUAAUAUUUAUUAAAGUUUCAGAAAGAAUAAAAUCACAUUAAUAAACAAGAAAUUUUUUAACAAAAACAGAGAAAAAUACACCAUACAAAAUACAAAAUACAAAAUAGAAAAAAGUAAAAAAAAGAAAAAAGAAAAAAACAGUUAAAAAUAGUUCCGUCCUUUCAUAACCUCUUUUACAUUUACUUGUUUCCCGGACUUCCUCAUACCUCCCUCUUUUGUAUUCCAAUUCAGUUUGUAAGCCCAGCAAUUUCUUUCCCUCCUUUUUAAUUCCAAUCCUAAAUCUUAAUAUAUUAUGACAUUAGAUUUUUACCUAUUUAAACCAAUUUUUCCAUUUCUCUUAACCUUUUUGAUCCUAAUCCUUAAUCUUGAUAUAUUUAUAGCUUUAAAACCUGUACAGCUAGAAGCCACUUAACUUCAAUCCAACAUCACUCUAACAUUCAUUAAUUUUGCAAUGUUUCUGUAAAUAAUCUUUAAAUUUCUUCCAAUCUUCUUCCACCGACUCUUCUCCCUGGUCACGGAUUCUGCCAGUCAUUUCCGCCAAUUCCAUGUAGUCCAUCAUUUUCAUCUGCCAUUCCUCCAGUGUGGGUAGCUCUUGUGUCUUCCAAUACUUUGCGAUGAGUAUUCUUGCUGCUGUUGUAGCAUACAUAAAGAAAGUUCUGUCCUUCUUUAACACCGAUUGGCCGACUAUGCCCAGGAGAAAGGCCUCUGGUUUCUUCAAGAAGGUAUAUUUAAAUACCUUUUUAAUUCAUUAUAUAUCAUCUCCCAGAAAGCCUUAAUCUUUGGGCACGUCCACCAAAGGUGGAAAAAUGUACCUUCAGUUUCUUUACAUUUCCAACAUUUAUUAUCGGGCAAAUGGUAGAUUUUUGCAAGCUUGACUGGGGUCAUGUACCACCUGUAUAUCAUUUUCAUAAUAUUCUCUCUUAGGGCAUUACAUGCCGUGAACUUCAUACCUGUGGUCCAUAACUGUUCCCAGUCAGCAAACAUAAUAUUAUGUCCAACAUCUUGUGCCCAUUUAAUCAUAGCAGAUUUCACCGUUUCAUCCUGAGUAUUCCAUUUCAGCAGCAAGUUAUACAUUCUUGACAAAUUCUUAAUUUUGGGUUCUAACAGUUCUGUUUCUAAUUUUGAUUUUUCCACCUGGAAGCCAAUUUUUUUGUCCAAAUUGUAUGCCUCCAUUAUCUGAUAAUAAUGAAGCCAGUCUCGCACUUUAUUUUUUAGUUUUUCGAAACUCUGCAGUUUCAAUCUAUCACCAUCUUGUUCUAAAAUUUCCCAAUAUUUCAGCCAUUUGACCUCCAUAUUGAGCUUUUUCAGGGCUUUCGCUUCCAUCGGUGACAGCCACCUUGGGGUUUUAUUUUCCAAUAAGUCCUUAUAUCUUAUCCAGACAUUAAAUAAAGAUUUCCUGACAAUAUGAUUUUUAAAUACUUUAUGCGCUUUGACCUUGUCAUACCACAGAUAUGCAUGCCAUCCAAACACAUUAUUAAAACCUUCUAGAUCCAAAAUGUCAGUGUUUUCAAGAAGCAGCCAUUCUUUCAACCAGCAAAAAGCUGCUGAUUCAUAAUAAAGUUUAAGGUCUGGCAGGGCAAAUCCACCUCUCUCCUUUACAUCUGUUAGUAUUUUAAAUUUUAUUCUGGGCUUCUUGCCCUGCCAGACAAAUCUAGAAAUAUCUCUCUGCCACCUCUUGAAACAGUCCAUUUUGUCCACAAUUUGCAAUGUUUGAAACAGAAACAACAUUCUAGGCAAUACAUUCAUUUUUACCGCAGCAAUACGGCCCAGCAGUGAAAGCUUCAAAUUUGACCAGAUUUCUAAAUCUUUUUUCACUUCAGCCCAACAUUUUUCAUAGUUAUCUUUAAAUAAAUUCCCAUUUUUUGCUGUCAUGUUAAUCCCCAGGUAUUUAACUUUCUUAACCACUGUUAAACCUGUCACAUUCUGAAACCUCUCUCUCUCCAUUGGUGUUAAAUUUUUCUCUAAAACCUUAGUUUUUAACUUAUUCAAUUUAAAUCCUGCAACCUGACCAAAUUCUUGAAUCAGUUCUAAAACCCUUUUGGUACUAGAUUCUGGCUCCUGUAACGUCAAUACUAAAUCAUCUGCAAAUGCUCUCAAUUUGUACUGUUUAGCUCCGACCUGUAUACCUUUAACCAACUGGUCCCUUCUAAUCAUGUUCAGCAAAACCUCCAGGACCGAAAUAAAAAGCAGUGGGGAAAUUGGGCAACCUUGUCGUGUCCCUUUUUCUAUCUUAAAUUCUUCCGUCACCACAUUAUUUACAAUUAAUUUAGCCUUUUGUUCUGAAUAAAUUGCACUUAUACCAUUUUCAAAGCCUUGGCCUACCCCCAUACCCUGUAGGUUCUUCUUCAUAAAACUCCAAGAAAUGUUGUCAAAAGCUUUCUCCGCGUCCACAAAUAUCAAAACUGCUUUAGUAUUUAUGUUCACUUCUAGUUUUUCCAAAAUAUCAAUUAUAUUCCUCAAAUUGUCAGACAAAUGUCUUCCUGGGAGAAAGCCCGCUUGGUCUUUAUGAAUCUCUUCCAUCAACACUUUUUUAAAUCUCUUAGCCAAAAUGUCUGCAAAAAUUUUGUAAUCCACAUUAAGUAAUGAUAUGGGGCGGUAGUUCUUAAGCUGCGUCUUUUCAGUCUCUGUUUUCGGUACAAGUGUAAUAUAAGCUUCUUUCCACGACUCUGGUGCCCUUUUCCCCUCCAUUAUUUUAUUACAGACCUCUUUCAAAGGUUGUACUAGCCAUUCUUUCAAGGAUCUGUAAUAUCUAGAAGUCAGUCCAUCCGGUCCUGGAGAUUUACCCAAUUGCAUGUUCUGAAUGGCACCUUCUAUCUCCUGUUCAGUUAUUUUAUAGUUCAACAUUAAUUUAUUUUCUUGAGAGAUUUUUUGUAAUCCAUUUGUUUUCAAAAAUUGAUCUAGAUCAGUUUCUUUCAGUGGCCCUUGUGUAUAUAGUUGUUUAAAGUACCUCUGGAAACAAUUUCUAAUCUCAGCUGGGUUCUGUAUAUUCCUUCCUUCCACUUCUAGAUUCGUAACUGUAUUUAAUUUUUGUCUUUUUUUCAUUUGCCAAGCCAACAGUUUCCCACAUUUGUUAGCCGACUCGAAUGUCUUUUGUCUCAUUUGUUUAAUUUUCCAUUCUAUUUCCUGAUUCGUCAUUUUCAUGUAUUGUACUUGGUAUAGCUUUAAUUCUCUCAGAAUCUCUUGGGAUUUUGGAUUUGUUCUCAAUCUUUUUUCACUUUCCUUUAUUUUCUCCAAUAUUUUAUCCUUCUUCUGAUUUUGAAUUCUCUUCUUUACUGCAUUCUGUUGUAUCAAGAACCCUCUCAUAACCGCUUUACUUGCGUCCCAGAUUACUCUUUUUUCCACGUUGGUAUUCAUAUUUAUCUCAAAAUAAUCUCUCAAGGUUUUUUGGGCCUUCUUUAACACUUCUUCAUCUCUAAAUAAGGUGUCAUUCAUCCUCCAUCUGAAGGAGCCAGUUGGUAUUAGUUUCAUUUCCAUCUUGACAGCAUUAUGGUCAGAACAAGUUUUCGGGCAGAUUUCCACCUUUCUUGUCUUUGGUGCCAUUCCUCUAGUUACCCAUAUUUGGUCAAUUCUUGUCCAUGUCAUUUUGGCUUCAGAAAAGAAGGUUCCCUCUUUAGCCAUGGGGUUUCUUGUUCUCCAAAUAUCAACUAAGUCCAAGUUGUCUGUCAUCUCAAAAAAGGUUUUCGGUAGUCUACCAUCCUUGGUGACUACCUGUCUUUGUGCCUUGUCCAUAUGUGUUGGUCAGAAACAAUACAAACUAAAAGCUUUUGCAGAUGACCUGGUUUUGACCUUGCAGAAGCCAGAGCCUAGUACGAAAAGAGUAUUACAAUUGAUUAAUGACUUUGGUCGGGUGGCGGGAUUUAAAUUAAAUAAACAGAAAACCAAGGUUUUGGGAAAAAAUUUGACUGAGACAGAGUCAGAACGGUUUCAGAAUGAGACGGAACUUAAUGUGGUUAAAAAGUAAAAUACCUAGGGGUAAACAUAACAGCAAAAAUCUAAGUCUAUUUAAGGAUAACUAUGAAAAAUGUUGGACAGAAAUUAAGAGAGACUUAGACAGUUGGUCAAAAUUGAAACUUUCUUUGUUAGGCCGAAUUGCUGCGAUUAAGAUGAAUGUAUUGCCAAGAAUGUUGUUUUUAUUUCAAACACUUCAGGUUUUGGACAAAAUGGAGUGCUUUCAGAAGUGGCAGAGAGACAUUUCGAAGUUUGUCUGGCAGGGCAAAAAGCCCAGAAUUAAGUUUAAGAUACUAACUGAUGCAAAACAAAGAGGGGCUUUGCCCUGCCGGACUUAAAGUUGUAUUACGAAGCCGCAGCGUUCUGCUGGCUAAAAGAUUGGCUACUUCUUGAAGACACUGAUGUGUUGGAUUUGGAAGGGUUUAACAAUGUUUUUGGAUGGCAUGCAUAUUUAUGGUAUGACAAAGUUAAAGCAAAUAAGGCCUUUAAGAACCAUAUUGUUAGAAAAUCACUGUUUAAUGUCUGGACAAAAUAUAAAGACUUGCUGGAAAAUAAAACACCAAGGUGGCUUUCACCUUUGGAAGCUAAGGCCCGAAAAAGACCCAAUAUGGAGGCCAAAUGGCCAAAAUAUUGGGAAAUACUAGAAAAGAUGGAGACAAUUGGAAAUUGCAGAGUUUGGGGAAAAUGAAAGACAAAGUGCGAGAUUGGUUACAUUAUGCUCAGAUUAAAGAAGUUUUUAAAAAUGAUAAGAAACUAGGGUUCCAGGUGGAGAAAUCGAAAUUAGAAACAGAAUUGUUAGAACCAAAGACUAAGAUACUUUCAAGGAUGUAUAACUUGCUGUUGGAAUGGAAUACACAAGAUGAAAUGGUUAAAUCGGCUAUGAUAAGGUGGGCACAGGAUAUUGGGCAUAACAUUAUGUUUGAGGACUGGGAAAGGCUGUGGAGUAAUGGAUUGAAAUUUACUGCAUGUAAUGCUUUGAAAGAAAAUGUAAUGAAAAUGAUUUAUAGAUGGUAUAUGACCCCAGUCAAACUCGCAAAAAUUUACCACCUGUCUGAUAACAAGUGCUGGAAAUGUAAAGAGUGUGAAGGAACGUUCUUUCACCUCUGGUGGACCUGCCCUAAAGUGAAGGCGUUCUGGGAAAUGAUUUAUAAUGAAUUGAAAAAGGUAUUUAAAUAUACUUUCACUAAGAAACCAGAGGCUUUCCUUUUGGGUAUUGUCAGCCAAGGGGUGGCAAAGAAGGACCAGACAUUUUUAUGUAUGCAACAACAGCAGCAAGGAUACUACUCGCAAAACAUUGGAAAACUCAAGAUCUACCCACACUGGAAGAAUGGCAGAUGCAACUGAUAGACUAUAUGCAACUGGCUGAAAUGACUGGCAGAAUCCGUGACCUGGGAGAAGAGAGAAUCGAGGAGGAUUGGAAGAAAUUUAAGAACUAUUUACAAAAGCAUUGUGAUUUGACUGAAUGCUGAAUAAGAUGCUAGACUAAAUAACUGAGCACCACUUAACUUAGAAGUUUUUAAGAAAAUAAGAAAAACUGUGAAAGUUUAACUCUUUAUGAGAACUUUAAGAUUAUGAAAUAUCGAAGAGAUAUAAGAACUUAAAUAAGAUGAUAAAUUGCUGACAAAAUGUUAUAAUGAUGAAGGUGGGAGCGGGAGAUGUGAGGAAGUCCAAAGAAAAUGUGAAAUUAUGUUAAGACGAAUGUUAUAUUGUUUAUUACAUUUAUUCCUAUUGUAAAAUCCAAUAAAUUGCUUUAAAAAAAAAAAAAAAAAAAAAAAGAGAGUGCCCACGCCAGAACCUCCUAAACCCGCCCUAGUGAUAGAAGUGACGCUAGAGCUGCCAAACGGACACCCUCUAAAGAUAAAGGCGCUGUUGGACUCAGGCAGCUCCUGCAAUUUCAUGAGCAAAGAGUUUGCAGCUGAACACCAGAUACAGACAAUCCCUUUAAGCAGCCCCCUGCAGGUGACCACGAUCGAUGGCAGGGAGCUGUUGGGUGGAGAAGUCAGCUUGCAGACCGUCCCAAUGAUAAUGAAGGUAGCAAGGCACACCGAACUGAUAGCUUUUAAUGUGGCCACCUUGGGAGGAGCUCCCAUUAUAUUGGGGAUGAGCUGGCUAGCGUUACAUGAUCCGCUGGUGGGCUGGCAUCAGAGAGUGGUUUCUUUUGGUUCAGCACAUUGCUUAGAACACUGCAAAGAGGGAAAGGGUUUGGCAGGGGUCCAAGCCACCCUAGCAGGGACUGAAGUAACAGAGAACGUGAAGGUACCACGACAAUAUGCAGAUCUCCGUGACGUCUUCAGCGAAAGGGAAGCUGACCAACUACCCCCGCAUAGACCCUUUGACUGUCAAAUCAACUUACUCCCUGGAGCACAGCUCCCUGUAGGCAAGCUGUACGCCAUGUCAGACAGAGAGAUGCAGGAGUUAAGAGAGUUCAUUGACAAGAACCUGAAGAGAGGGUUCAUCAGAGAGUCCAGGGCGGUGGGGGGCAGCCCAGUGUUUUUUGUGGAUAAGAAAAACACGAACAAGCCGAGGCUGGUGUGUGACUUCAGGGCCUUAAAUGCAGUGUCAGAACCAGUAGCCUUCCCUAUGCCCAGGAUUGACGACAUUUUGACAAGGGUGCGGAAGGGAAAGAUUUUCACAAAGCUGGACCUAAGGGGGGCGUACAACCUGGUACGAAUAAGGAAGGGGAUGAAUGGAAAACCACUAUGUUCACCCCUUUAGGGGCAUUUGAAUAUUUGGUUAUGCCCUUCGGCCUACAAGCAGGCUCCGCAACAUUUCAAUCGUUUAUGAACCACGUCCUGGGGCCUUUGCUUUACAAGAAUUGUGUGGCCUUUUAGACGACGUGUUGGUGUAUUCUGAGAAUGAGGAGCAGCAUGUGAGAGACGUCAGAGAAGUGUUGAGCAGGCUGCAAGCCAACCAGCUGUGGGUGAAACUGGAGAAGUGUCAGUUUCAUACCAAGGAGGUGGAAUUCCUGGGGUAUCGCCUGUCAGACAAGGGAUUGGCCAUGGAUCCCGGCAAGGUCCAGGCGGUGCUGGAAUGGAAAACACCCAAAACAAAGAAGGAUGUGCAGAGGUUCCUAGGAUUUGGGAACUUCUAUCGUAAGUUCAUCCGAAACUUUGCCCACCUGACGGCGCCCAUUACGGACUGUCUCAGCAGUAAGAAGAAGUUCGUGUGGACUGAGGAGGCGGAGCGAGCAUUUGAGGAACUAAAAGGGCCUUCGCCUCGGAACAACAACUCCUGCAUGUGGAUUUACAAAAACCGAUGAGAGUGGAAACUGACGCAUCAGACAGAGCGAUUGGGGCGGUGCUUCUGCAGCCAGGCAAGAAGGGGUCAGAGUGGAGACCGUGUGCCUUUUUUCGCGAAAGCUGAACAAAUCCGAGAGGAACUACACGGUGUAUGACCGAGAACUACUAGCCAUUCAUGAGGCGUUCCGGAGAUGGAGGCACCUGCUAAUUGGCGCACAACAUAAGGUGCAAGUGUGCACUGACCACAAGAACCUAGAGUAUUGGAGGACGGCACGAGUGCUCAACCAACGGCAAGUGAGAUGGGCCCAGGAGUUCUCCAAAUUUAACUUUGAGAUUAGUUACGUGCCAGGCCCAGAGAACAUUAGGGCGGACGCUCUCUCACGCAAACCUGAAUAUUUGGAAGGGGAGGGGGCACCCGAAGAGAGACAUGUCAUUCCAGAGGACCGCUGGGUGUGUGGGGCGGCAUUGGUGGGACAAAGAGAACUGGUAGAGGAAACAGAGAAUGAUGAAUACGCCCAGAAUAAGCUCAGAGGUCUUAGGGGUGAUGGAGAGGAACCAGGGGUUUCGAGGAAAGAAAUGGAGCUUUGUAUUACAAAGGGGCACUGUAUAUCCCUGAAGGAGAGUUAAGGGGAGGGUACUCAAGCAGUUGCACGACAGCCCUACGGCGGGGCAUUUUGGACAACACAAAACCAUGUGGUUGGUCACCAGGGAAUUUUGGUGGCCUAAGGUGAGGGAAGAUGUACGUGAGUAUGUAAGAGGGUGCGAGCAAUGCCAGCGAGCCAAAGGGGAAAGGCGGGCGCCGGCGGGGCUAUUAGAACCCUUACCAACCCCAGAACGACCUUGGGAGGCAGUGUCGAUAGAUUUUAUGACUGAUCUGCCGAAGUCCAAAGGGAAAACAGCCAUCAUGGUGGUGGUAGACCUACUAACAAAGAUGUGCCACUUUGUAGCUUGCUCGCAUGCAGUCACGGCGGAAGAGACAGCGAAGUUAUUUGUAGAAAACAUUUUUAGGUUGCACGGGGUGCCAUUGAGGGUGGUCUCAGACCGAGGAAAACAAUUUACUUCCAGGUUCUGGAGGAAGCUCAUGAGCUUACUGCAGGUGGAGGUCAAUUUUUCGACUGCCCGGCACCCUGAAACCAACGGGCAGGCGGAAAGAGCAAACGGUGUCCUCCAGCAAUACCUGAGGUGUUAUGUCAAUGACAGAGAGAAUGACUGGGUAGAAAAGUUGGCGCUGGCGGAAUUUGCCUACAACAAUGCCGAGAAUGUGUCCACAGGGAUGAGCCCCUUCUUGGCUAAUUAUGGGUGUCAUCCCAGGGCUUUCCCAGGGGGAGAGGGGAGAGAUGGAGCGUCCCGGCAGCCGAGCAUUUUGUGGAAGAAAUGGAAGCAAUCCAUCGUCAGCUCCAACUCAACUUAGAAAGGGCGAAGGAAGAAUACAAGAGGCAGGCAGACAAGAACCGAAGGGAAGGUGAAACCAUAAGGGUGGGAGAUAGGGUGUGGCUGUCAACCCAAGGGUUGCCGUUCAAAGGAGGUUGUAAGAAAUUAAGACCCAGGAGGUUGGGUCCCUUUGAGGUCAUUCAACAGGUCAACCCAGUGGCUUUCAGGCUCCGGUUACCCAACCACAUGAAACUGCACCCAGUAUUUCACAGGUCGUUACUGUCACCGUACGAAGGGGGACGAGAAGGGCUGGCCACUCGGGGACCGGUCGUAGAAGAAAGAGAAUGCAGCAGCCAUGUGGCAGAAAUCCUCGACGCCAGGUGGAAGGGGGAUCAGGUGGAGUAUUUGGUAGCGUGGGAAGGAGAACCGGAGUCAGAAAACACUUGGGUAAUGGCUGAAGAUAUCAAUGACGAGGUAUUGAUAGAAACGUUCCAUCAAAGGUUCCCAAGGAAACCUCAGCCUGUGGAGAGGUUCCGGAGGGAAUACUUUGGGACCACUGAUGAAGGGGAGGAGUUGGAAGGAUUCCCGGACUCGGAAGGGGAAGGGGAGAUGGACUCUGAGGAGGAGGUGUACUUCGAGACCAGGAACCGCAACAGGUUGAGAGAAGUGUUCGAGACAUCGGAAGAUGAAGGAAGUUCAUUCCGGGGUUUUGCCUCCUCACCGCCCGUAGAGGAGGGGGCGAGAGGGGAUGAAGGGGGCCCUGGAGGGGAGGUGGAUGUCAGGGAACUGCCAUCGGACGGAAGGGAGGUGAAAGGGCUCACACAGGUUGGGAGAGACGCAGCAGCUGAAGAGGGAACCGGAAGGGAGGUGAAAGGGCUCACACAGGUUGGGAGAGACGCAGCAGCUGAAGAGGGAACCGGAAGGGAGGUGAAAGGGCUCACACAGGUUGGGAGAGACGCAGCAGCUGAAGAGGGAACCAGCACGGGGGGGGGAGCUGAGCUGGAGGGAUGGCUCAGAGACACUUCCAGCGAAAACAGUGGGGAGGUUUCAGGACCUCCUGUAAGAACACCCACUCCUCGCCGGAAACUGUCACGCAGAGAUUCCAGAAGACGCGUUUCCGUUAAGGAGCUUUUAUGUUGGAAGCGAUUACGAAAGCAACCACUGUCGGAAUCUGCUAGUGACUAGAGUAGCCAUGUCUGAGGGGCUCCGUCACAGACAGAGGUUUGUGGACUUGAACAAACUCUGAGGGGAUACGAUUUUACGCACAAGCAGCUCAUCAUCCCAUCACAAUACCACUCCAUUCAUAUCUCCCAUCAAAAUCAUGUUAUAAUCUAGAUAGUCCAUCAGAGUCUCAUGCAACUUCUUAAAAAAGUCAGAUUUCCCCUCGUUUGGUGCAUAAAUCCCUACUAUCAAAAAUUUUUCUCCUUGUGUUUGAAUUUCAAUUGCCACAAAUCUUCCUUGGUCAUCUUUAAAAAUAAAUUUCGGUGAUAGUCUGUCCUUUGCGUAAAUCACAACUCCUCUUUUUUUUACUUUAUCCGAUGAAAUAAACUCCUGACCAAGUCUUUUAAAUCAAUAGUUUCCUGUGUAACCUUGUUAUAUGUGUUUCUUGUAGGCAAAUCAAGUCCAAUUGUUCCUUUUUUAAUAAAUGAAACACAGAUUUCAUUCUCUGGGGAGAGUUCAAACCAUUACAAUUCCAACUUAAUAGUUGCAGGGCCAUGAUGUAAUUAUUUUGCUUCUCCUCCAACGGCACCCAGUGCCUGUUCCUGUUCCGUCGGUGGUAUCACGUUUCUCAGGCGGUCUUUUAGUUCCAGAGAUAGUCCUGGUGUGUCUAAAGUUUCUCUUACAAUUGCUCUUAACUCUCCUGUAACUUUCUUCUGUAGGUCUUCUCCGUGGUCUCUCCAAAAUUUGUCUUUGUCGUCUUCUGAUCUUAUUUUUAUCUUCUUUCCUUUGUAACUAAAGGAUAGGCCUUGAGGAAAUUCCCACCUAAAGAUAAUUCCGUUACUUCUCAACAGGGUAACCAGGUCUUUGUAGUUAAACCUGAGAUCCAGAAGAUGUUUCGGAAUAUCCUUGAAUAUCUCCACUUUUGACUGUUGUAUUUCCAAAGUCUUCUGGAAAUGCAAACUCAAAAUCUUGUCUCUCUCUUCUUUUGUUCGGAGGGUGAUCAAACAGUCUCUCACCCUGUUCUUUCUCCCUCCUUUUCCAAAUCUAAAAGCACUCACUAUUUUAAAACUAUCUUUGCCCAAAUCUGGGUUCCAAAAAUCUAGGAAUUCCUGCGUAAGAAAUUCAACUAAGUUGUCUUUCUCCACUUCAGGUACAGCCCUGACCCUUAAGUUCACUUGUUUCUCCUUCAACUCGAUCAUAGACAGGAUUGACUUAUGGUCUUCAAGUUGUUUAUGUAGCGGUGGUAUCUUCUCUUGAACCACUGUAACAGUAGCUGUAGCAAUUUCUUUAGCCUCUUCGGCAAUCUUACGUGUCGAAGCAGAUUCCUGUAAUAAUUUCUGAAUAGUUUCUGUGUUAGUAUUUACUUUCUGUCCCAAAUUAUUGAUACUUGCCGUAUUUUGGUUAAUACUUGUCGUAUUUUGAUCAAUCUUAUCCGAUGCCUUGGCUACUUGUUUACUUAUUCUAUCCAAAGAUUCAUUAAUUUUAGCCAGUGCCUGAGCCAGGGCAUCGUCACUUGCCAUACCUUUAGUUCUAGGUUGUGCCGAUGAGGUUGCUGUUGGAACUCUGGAGGGGCCAGAUGUCGAGGCCCUCCUUUGCAAUCCACCGUCUGUGCGAAAUACUCUGCCAGACCUUGUUGCUUGUAACAAGUCUAUCUUCUCUUUCCCAUCUGCCAUAACCCUCUAGAUAAAACUCAAGGUCAGUCACACAGUCAGAGUCAAAGUUGUUUUGGAACGGAAAGUUCCCAGGAAAUUGUUGUGGGAGAUUUCCUCAGGCCAGCUGCAGUUGUAACUAGUUCCAAAUUCCACUAGGGGGACACUGUAACAGUCAUAAAGUUCUUAAAGUAAUUUACUUCUCCCUUUAGUCCCCCAAUAGACCAGAAAGAUAACAAUCUAUCUUAGGCUGUUACUUUAAGACCAGGAGAUACCUAUCAGCAAUAUUGUAACCAAGUUGUAUUUCAGAUGCAGAGCUAGCUGUCAAAAUAUGUUCAAAGACAGUACAUUCUCUUAGGCUUCUUACUGACACUGGGGACCCGUUCCAGGGGUUUUGAGCGGUGGUUUUUGUCUCCUCUUCCUCUCUUUUUCUUAGGGAAAUAACGUUCAAGGCUUCCCCCCCUCCUCCCCCAAAUUGAGGGGGGAAACUCACGGUUAGAUGAUCGGAUUGUAAUCCUUUUGCGCGUCCUUUAAAGCUUCCGCUUUCAAGUUCAGUGCUUUGUUCUAUUUACAAGAGCGGGAGGCAGACUUCCUUUUUAUACCUCUCCGCUUCGGCCAAUUACUUCCAAUUUUUGUACAGUUCCUUUAAUUUCGAAGUUAUCCUACUCACGGAUCAUUGUUUUCGGAGCCAAAUUGUCAAGGAAAAAAGGCAGCGCUCUCCGGCAACAGCUACGCGGCUUCACUCCACAGAAGAAGCAGACGACUCACAGCACAGCGCCACUUCCCCGCUCUGUUCCGGAGCCCGUUGCCGGGUUCCUUUGCAGAUUGGGGGGGCGCAGACAGUGCCCGCCGAGUCCCAGGGUCACAGGCUUCCCCCGCCUGUGAUUUAAGGGGUCCCCGCUGCGCCGAAGCGGUAUCAGACCCUAUUUCUGUGGAGCGGGUUCCCUCCGAAUCAGAGGGAAUCCGCCAUUACCGUUGGUGCCACCUCCGGAAGUGGUUUUUUUAAAAUUUUAUUUGGUUUUUUGUUGUUGCCUUCUUUAGUUUUCGAAUGUUGAUUUUUGUGUGUUGUGUAUUGUUAUUUUUAGAUAUCUUUCGUGUUGUUGUUGUUGUUGUGUGGAAAAUACUAAUAAAAUUUAUUUAAAACAAAACAAAAAAACCCAACCCCCCCCCGGUCCAUUUCUAUGGUGGUGGUGCUUGGGGUCUUUGAAGGAUGGGAGGCAAUAAAAACAUUUUACAAAAGUGCUACUCCUCUCUCCCCUCAGCAUCCCAACCACAGCUUCUCCGGAUGCGGCUGAUCUUCCUCCUGAAAGCGGCAGCAGGGACCAGCUGAAGACCAAACUUACGGAUGUCGUCGCAACGAUGAAGAGUGGGAAGAUCCGAAGGAAGGCGCUCCGAGAUCUUUCCGCCUUCCUGCAGAAGAUCCAGGAAUAUGUGAGUUUCUGAAGGGAAGAAUUGCAAUCAUGCAGGGCUGUCAAGGCCUUCAGGCUGCUGCUUCUAGGCCCACCCUGCAAGGUGCCCAAGGGACAAUCAGGCAUCCCAGCACUUAUCAAAAAUUGAGAACAGAGCUGGGCCAUAGCAGAACGAAUCCCAGUGAGUAAAACAGCUGAGAAAAGAAGUAAAAAGCGAACAUCAGGAAAAGAGGGGUGGGAAGUCAAGAAGAAAUGGUUUUUUUCUGCAUAGGAUGCAAAAUGUUUUGGAAUGUUUGGAAGAUUUAAUUAAAAUGUUAUGGGGAAAAUGGUGAUGGGUUGCUUCUCUUAUCAGUCACUUCUCUUGGUUUCUUCUCAGCCAUCGGUAGCGCUUUCUGCAUCCUCCCUUGGCCAACUGGUGGCGAUUUCCUGUCUUUGUGCGUUGGAUCCAGACCCGGAGAGCAGGCAGCGGGCAGCAGAGGCCCUCUGCCAUCUUCUGCCCAUCCUGCGGCGCAACGAAGGUAAGACUGGAAGAAUGCAUCCCAGCAUGGGGUGGGGUGAGCAAGACCCAAACUAACCCUUUGGCUUUCCUUUGCAGAGAUGCUAGCACGAACAUCAUGGAACCAAACGCUCAUCAUCAGAGCUGAGAAGGUCCUCAAAUCCACCGGAGGACCGGUUCCUGAAUUGUUCGUGAAUAACUGUUACUCUCUUGCCAGGGUAAGUCGCUGUCUCUCAAGCCACAUGUUCUGGGUUCCGCAGAGGCAGCACCUGGGCUUUCUGCUCCCCAGCCCUGCCCUGUGGGCAUCUCUGACCUUCCUCUCUUGCUUCAGGUCUUUGGCGCCUUUCUCCCUGCGGAGCAGCUCUUGGAGGCCAUGUGCUUCCUGGCCAGAGACCUGGUUGUCGAGAGCAGCUUCAACCCGUUGGAUAUCUCCCACUUACUGCAAGAAUUCAUCAAGCAGUUUGGCGGCACAAAAGUGGAGGUAAGGCGUCUGCAAAGGUAGGAGAGAAGAUUCUCCGCUUUGGUGUAGGGGAGGCAACCUCAUGCCAUUGGGUGGCCAGGGCACAUGUUAGUUGAGAGGGGCCUGGCAAUGUCAGGACAAGAACCUCAGCCAAGGGUCCUGAGAAACAUGGGUUCAGGGAUGGGGAAUCCUCCUCCUUCUGGGAGCAGACUGGCAAACUUCUUUUCUUGGCCCACAAUGGAUAGGGGAACUGGUGCCCUGGAGCUGCCCCGGUUCAAUACUUCCAAGGACCCUGAGUGGUACCUUGGAAGGAAGAUGGCUGUGGUGGCACAGGUCAAGGGUCCCUCUUUCAAUGAGGGAUGGAGGGAUCCGCCUGCAGACAGCCCCGCUUCCUUGUACUCUCCAAGCAACCCUCUCCUUUUCUCUGACAGGUGAAGGUGCUGCUGGAGGCCUUCUAUAAGAUCAGCCAGGGGCCUACAGUGCAAGGCAGAAGCAUGGCCAUCUUCGCUUUGUCCAUCUUGUCGCACCACCACCUGGCGACAGUGGUUGAAUAUCUCCUCCAGUUUCCCUUCGGGUAUGGAGCCCUCCAGGUUCUACUGGGAUAAGGGGAAGGUCGGCAAGCUGCAGGGCUUGCUCAGAAAGCCCUUGCUGCCAUUUCCUCUCUCUGGAGCAUGGCAGCAAGCAGGAGACUUGAAUCUGACCAUUGCUUUUGUUUUUGCAUUCACAGAGACUGCGAGAGAGUAUGGAAGGAGGUUUUAGCAUCGGCCGAUCCAGAACAACUGAUCCAUCUCAUGGCCGAGCAGAUUUACCAAAGCCCCUUGGCAGAAUCUGCCACCCAAGUGGUAAGGACCAACCACCUGCUUUCUGGCUUCCUUCUUCCCAGGGUAAUGUUGAGGGGUUCCUGUAUUCUGCAGAAAAGCAGAGAAAGUGACUUGCACCCCUCUCUCUUCCAGCAACAUCUCACCAGCCUGUUGCACGCCAUCCUCAGGAUGGAGGACUACAAGGCAGCUGUGCGCCGGAACUUCCCAGAGCUGCUGAUCGCUCUCCUGGGGAUGGUUAUGAACUUCCACUAUGACCAGGAAUUCCUCGGGUGAGUAGUGUGUUGCAAGGGGACCAAUGGAGUCCUUUCCCCUUCAACCUCGGGGGGUUUCCAGUCCAGCUUGGUUUUCCAAGGGAGGCUCUCCUUCAGGCGGCUGCUAGGGAGGAAGGAUGGGGAAAGAAUUUGAGUGUGUGACAAUGACCCUCCUGGUGAACAUGGUCUUGCUUUGGUUCCAGAGGGGCUAAGGAAGUUCUGCACCUCCUUCUUGGCACCACUGGAGAGCAAGUGGAGGCGGCCAUCGUUGACCAACUUUUCUGCCGGGAGAAUUUCAGCCAGGGGUUGUCUGCCAUGGUGAGGUAAGAGGAAGAACGCGAUGACCUUCCCCAAUGGUCUGGCAAACGGAGCUGAAGGCACGGGAUCGGACUGUGCCCCUGUUUGCUUCCUGCGGUGUCUUUCCCUUCCUUACCAAGAUCUGUUUCUCCAUUUCAGAGCUGUCGGUAAGCGACGCUGGUGGAUCCCUCCCAUGGUGGAAAAUAUCAUCGCUGCUCUCGAGGACCAGGAGUUUGCCGGAGUGCCACAAGUCGCGGCAGCUAUCUACAUCGAGGUGAGGGGGACUGACGCGGGAGGAAAUGGGUGCAGCAAGGAGGUCCUGGCUUGGUUUCUGCCGAGUGUUGGGCUACUUUGAGCCUAAGGACUGUUGCCUGUUUUAGUGCUCCUCAGAGUAGACCCAUUGGAUUUGAUGUACAUGACAAACUUUGAUACAUUCACUUCAGUGGGUUUGCUCUGUGCAGAAUUGCAAAUGGUGGGUAAAAGGAGAACCUGCCUCAGCCUCUCAUCCCUGAAGAGUUUCUUUCUCUUUGGGCCUCUUUAGCUGCUCAGCUGUCGUCUGGAGGUCUAUCCCUGUGAAGAUACACUGGAGCAGCUCCUCAACUGGCUGGCACACGACCACCUGCAAGUCCAGAAGCUCAGCGUCAGAGGGAUAUCCCUGCUUCUGGACUCUGACAUGGCAAGUGAUGCUCAGAGGGAGGGGGGAGGGGGGGUACAGAUCUCGAUUCUAAUCAUGGUCCAGCACUCUUUUGCUGGCACAAUACUGAAGGGCCUUUCAGACCUUUGAAAAGAUUCUCUCUUUUGUGUAGGACCCUUCGCUUCUGCGGCUGUUGCUGCUGGAUUCCCUCCCUUCUGCAGAAGCUGAUGUCCUCCCAGAGUUGAUAGAGCUAGUAGACCAAGCCUACCAUUCCAGGGAGCUGGGAGAGGAAGACCUGAAGAUGCUGGCGGCAACCUACUGUGGUCUGGCUGCCCAUGUGAGUGUUAGGGAAAACAUGACAUCACACCCGGUGGAGGAGGAAUGCUUUGGAAGAGUAAGGGUGGGGUUUAGACUGGCAUGCAGCGGAGAUGUUCUGGCUUCAGGAGGGUAUUCCUCUGGAGCACCUGCUCUUGGAAGCCUGCCUGGAAAACACAGGGGGAGAGUCACCCCUGCCCCCAGUCUCCCCCAGGAGGAGGAUAGGGGGCUGAGCAGCCUCAAAACACCCCAGUGGGCAGGAGAAAGGAAACUGAUCUGAUGAGAAAUACAACCUCUGAUAUUUUCUGCCUACAGGAGGAAGCCUCCGUCCGGGCAUCAGCCAUCCAACAUCUGCGGCUGCUCCUUGGGGGCUGGGUGAGAGACCAAAGGCUUCCCAUAACAACAACAACAGAAGAAGAAGAAGCCAUUCACGAACUGGUUGUGGUCCUCAUUCACCUCGAAGAUGAGGACGAGGUGGCCAAGGUGAGGGCCAAAGAGGUGGACUUACACAGUAGGAGGGAGGGAUUGUUCUCAGGAGCUUCCGAGACUAUGUACCGCAAUUUGUAACCCUCUUCUCUUCUUGUGUUGCAGGCUGCAAGGAGGGCUCUUUCCCAUCUAGCCCCUCAAGUCAAGUGGUGGGCUCAUCCCAACAAAUUUAGCCUCCACUUUGCUCUGCACCAGGCUGCCAAGCAUCUGGUAAGGUCCCUCUGCUUCGUUGGCAGCUUUGCCCAGGCACGUCUUUGGGAGUGCAAGGCUCUUCUGCCGUGCUCUCAAGCCUCUCUGGUGCCACUUCUCCUUUGUCUUUGCCGACAGAGCAAGACCUUCAGCAAGGACAUCCUUCGGAGUGCUGCCUUAACAUGUGCGAAGCCGUCUGCCAACAGGCUGCCAGCAGUCUCCAGGGUGGCAGCUCUGCUUCUGGGUAAGUCAAGCAACGUCCUUCCCUGGUAGGGAUGGACAGAAACGUCUUGGUAAUGAUGGCAGGGAGGAUGGACAUGUCCCCAGGCCACCUGCUAGGUAGGCCUCCAUCUGUGCCCAGAUCUUGCUCUGAGUGCUCCGUGAGGGUGGAGGCCUCUAGACGCAGCAGAGCAUACCUGUCCUCCUGCCGAGCUGCAUCUGUCUCCACUUGCUUUGCAUCGAGAUGACGUCCCUUUUCUUGCCUAUUUCUCUCUCUAGGUCAUCUGGCUUUCUGGGAUGCCAGUUUCAUCCACAAUCAAGACAUGGCAUCCUAUGGAACAUGUGAGUGAGACAUACGGAGGGCAGGGAGGGAUGCUUCUGCUGAGAAAGGUCUUCAGGGGAAGGCAAAUUCUCAGAUGUAUGUUCAGACAGAGGUGCCACAAGAUGAACAUGCAAAGAGAAUUGGAAUAUGACUUCACUGCUCUCUCUCACACACAAACACACCUGACGGCUGUUUUCAUAUUGUUGAUGGAUGGCUCUUUUCCUGUGUAUCUCCGCCUUGCUUAACCUUUCUCCCUUGCCACUCAGGGCUGGAAGAGAUGCAGCAGCACAAGGAAGAAGGGCUCAGGCAGACAGGGAGGAGCUGCCUGAACAUCAUGCAGCGGGCCUAUAAACAUCGGAAGAAAGGCAGGGUCCAGCGCUUUUUGAGGAGGCUGCUCCACUGCGUUCACAGGGAACCUUACCCGCAGGACUUCCUGAGCUGCAUGCCAGGUGAGUGAGGCAUCUGGUGGGCUAUUGGGACAUCUGGUGGGCUGUUUGGAGGUGACGUUUCUCAAGGAGCCCCUUUCUCCUCCUGACAGAACAUCUGCAGUAG